UUGAACCAUAUCAACGGUUCUUCCUUUUGGCGGGAUUCAGAGAAAGGUUCAAAAGCCUUGUUGCGUUUCUUACUUACUUUUGCAGUAAUUCCAUUUUCCUCUAUUUUCCGCAAAUUACUGCAAACUUCAAGGGUUUGCAGUAAUUUUAUUUUCCUCCAUUCUCUUACUUUCUUUCUUCUCCACAAUUGUGUUUCUUGGAAACCCUUGAAAAUGGAUCAAAGCGAUAAGCUGAGACUCCUUCAAUCUUAUUGGUAUUCUCCAAGAAGACUCCAUGACAGUCCCACUCGUUACCAUUUUCCGGGGGAUCGGUUUUUACCCAACAGAAGUUUGAUGGAUCUUGAUAGAGCUCACACUCUGUUGACCAACAAAACCACCGACUUCAAAUCUUCGAAAUGCGAUGAAGUGUAUCAACAGAAACUGAUUGAGAGUCAGUCUUUAAAUUCUGAAGGGAAAAGGAUUAUGGUUUUCAAAGGAAGCUCAAAAUCCAGCACAAAAUCCAUUCGUUUCGUUGAUGAGUUGAGACAAGAAAUGGCUACCAUAUCGGAUAACAAGAGCAAACAGGCUCCAUAUCGGUCCAUCCCCAAGGCAGAAAUGAUAGUUUUGGAUGCACCGGGGCUUUUGGAUGACUACUAUGUGAACAUCAUGAGUUGGGGCAAAAACAACGUUCUAGCUGUUGGUUUGGGUCCAACACUGUACUUAUGGAACUCAGUAGACCAGAGGAUACACAAGUUGUUCCAUGUUCGUGAAGAGGACAACUGGCCUACAAGCAUAACCUGGUCCGAGGAAGCCCGAACUCUAGCUGUUGGAUAUACAUGCUCCAACCUACAGCUCUGGGAUGCUGAAUCUUCGAAACUCAUUAGGAGCCUUCAAGGUCAUAGUGAAAGGAUAACAUCCACCGCAUGGAACGGCCACAUUUUAACAUCGGGAAGCCGGGACAAGUCCAUUAUCAAUCAUGACAUUAGAGCACGGAAUCAUUUAGCCUCCUGCAUAAAAAAGCACUCCGAUGAGGUGUGCGGUUUGAAAUGGUCGAAUGAAGGUGAUAGGUUGGCAAGUGGAGGCAGUGAAAAGCAGUUAUACAUAUGGGAAGCUUCCAAAAUGAGUUCAUCGAAGUUUCUCCAUCUAUUCACAGAUCAUUACGCCGCAGUCAAGGCCCUUGCUUGGUGCCCAUAUCAGCAUAAUGUUCUUGCAUCUGGAGGAGGCUGGAAUGAUAGGUGUAUUAGGAUAUGGAAUACACAGAAAGGAAUCUGCAUUCACAGUAUUGAAACCAAAGCACAGAUUUCUGGGCUGGAAUGGAACAGACAUCACAAGGAGAUAUUGAGUAGCCAUGGAUACAGUACAGGGGAGGAUCAAAACAAACUAUGCCUCUGGAAGUACCCUUCGAUGACAAAAGUGGGGGAGUUUGGGAACCAUGAGCCCAGAAUUAUCAACCUAUGCCAGAGCCCUGAUGGAGUAACUGUUGUAUCGGCUGUGGCAGAUGAGACUCUUCGGUUUUGGGAUGUUUUUGGACCCCCUAUGACUGGAACUUCAAUGGCUUCGAAUCUUCAAGGUCUUUUCUCUUCAAGGAAUUCUCUGAUAAGAUAGUAACAGCAUCGGAGCAACAGUUCAAAACAUGCUGGUAUGUAAAUUAUUCUGUUAAUAUAUAGAUAUAAUCAAACGGCAUGCUUAACAUUUUUACAAUCAAGCAAGCAAUGAAACUCUAGUAUUUUGACUGAUACCAA